AGCAAGCGGCACUUCCUGAAAUGAACAUAAUCAUGAAGGCGGAAGGGUAGUGGGUUCAUGGUUCAUGUUCCCGGCUGAGAAGCCACAUGUUACAGAUAUCACGGUGUUAUGCCGGUGAGGCGAUCUGAUUUGCCCGCACAAAAUGGAGCCAGCGAAGCGCGUUCUUGUUUAUCUGAGCAAGGAGAAUUCUGUGCUGCGAGGCGCUGGGUUUUUGCAGAGUAUAACCGGCUUCUUCUCCGGGAGUCAGGAGAACACGGUGAUCGUAAACUGCGGGCUGGAUCAGAACCGAUUCGUUAUAUCAGACCAGAGCUUCAGUAAUUCCAGCUGUGUGCCGCUCCAGAGACCGGCUUUCUGCCCCAUCAGCAACAUCACCCCGUCCCAGGUCGCCUCACUCCCCGAAGAGGUCCAGAGCCGCGGAGUGGAUGUCGGGGUGGCCGUGCUUGUACAGUCCGUAAACCGAAAGGUUCUGCUAACCAGGAGGUCCAAGAGCCUCAGUAUCUUCCCUAACGUCUGGGUGCCACCAGGAGGUCACAUUGAGUCAGGAGAGCAGCUGUUGGAAGCGGGACUGCGGGAGCUGCAGGAGGAGACUGGACUGAAGCUACAUCAUGGAAGCGUUACCUGGAGCAUGCUGGGACUUUGGGAGUCUGCAUUCCCUCCGUUACUGAGCCGAGGUCUGCCACGUCGCCACCACAUUGUCGCUUACCUUCUCGUUCUGACCAACGACACGCAUCAGCAGCUGCAGGACAGACUGUGCCCAGAUGAGCGGGAGGUGAGCGCUUGCGCAUGGACGGACACACAUCUAGCAGAACGUAUAGUGUCAGCGGAGGACGGAGCAGAGGAUUGUGGGAAGGAUCUGUCUGACCUCCCAGCCACAGUCGGCAUCACAGAGGUGAACGCCGGCGCCCUGACGCACCUCAAUUGCAACGCGGCCACGUUCCUGAACACAGCGCCUACGGACGGGGAGGACGUGGAACGCGUCAGCACCGGCACGAAGUACGCGCUGAGGCUGUGGCUGGACACGCUGCCCAGGCAGGGUUGGUAGAGUAGAUUCCAACUAAAAGAAACUGUGAUUAACCCAUGAUAAGCCUAUAUAUCCCAUCAGUCCUGGCUCUCGCCGUGGAGUCCCGCGGACGGCCGCACGCACGCACACACCACACCGGGGAAACCUUGAAUAAAUAAAAUGUUUUAUUUCCGUUAA